AUGCCACCUAAACCUUCGGUCCGGGGCGAAUAUAUCGAAACCGAAACUGGCAACAAGAUCAGUCGCCGAGCCAGUGUCCUGGGGCCGCGCCAUAUUAUCCUUGCUGGGAAAUGUGUCAUUCAGCAAGACGUGGUGAUCCACGGAGACCUGGUUCGGCCUCCGCAGCCUAAGCCUCCCUCCUCUCACCAACAACACCCACAACAAGCAGGCGGCGAUCAGAAAUCCGCUGCGCAAGAUCAAACGUCGAUCCACCUCGGUCGAUAUGUCUUCAUCAGCCCUGGCUGCACGCUUCACCCUCCUUCGCGUCUGACGACGGUCCCGAACCCGAACGGCAGUGAACCGCAGCAGAUUAUGACCUACUUCAUGCUCCGAAUCUCAGACUAUGUCUACAUCGGGCCCAACACCCACAUCCGCGCUGCCGAGAUCAGGAGCAACGUGUGGAUCGGCGCGAACUGCACGAUCGGGAACAUGGUCAUGAUCAAGGACAACGUCAGAAUCCUUGACGGCACAGUUCUGCCCCCGAAUACCAUCUGGGCUGGAGGCACUGUCAUCGCGGGCCGUCCAGGACGAGUUGUGGGAGAGAUUGGUGAGGGCUGGGCUGCUGGUGGCAGUAGUGGCUCCUCCGUGGAUGAAGGGGUCGGGGUCAAGAGUAGAGAGAGAUGGGCCGCUGUUGGGAACAAGAGGUGA